AUGGGCUUCGAGCUUUGCAACCUCGGACCUUGCCCACUACUCAAGACAACUGGAGUCAAGCUCCCGCAACAGCCGUACAAAUGCUAUAACUGCCAAAAUCGACGAACAAGUCCGUCCAUAAGACCAGCAUCUUCAAGAGGAGGUUCGUGUUCGUCCACGGGAAGUUUAGAUUCCAAUUCAUCAGCGUCGUCAGCCAUUACUCCACCCUCUCCCAUCUCCAGAGUCGGAUCUAGAGUAAUGGCACCUCUUCCUGGCGUGGUUCAUCAACCUCCCGAAUGUGGCGACUUGGCCCGCAAAUUCAGUCGAUCACCAUCUUUCACUUCAAGAGGAUUUUCAUUCUCUUGCUCUUCUUCGGCUCACUAUCCUACACCUCAUUACAUGAACCUGCCCACCUUCCUCCCUCACCAAGAUCACCCUUGUCCUCCCUGCCAGCUGGAGGAACUUCGCAUAAAAUCCGACAAGGACGCCAUCGCGUCAGCCGUGGCUCAAUUUCCUCAUUUGACCACCGACAUGUUAGUCAGGAAUGGGAGAACAUGGGAAGAUUGGCAGACCAAACCGACACUGGAAACAUUCGUUGAGGAGAAACGGUCAGAAGAGAGACAGAUGUGGUUACACGUUACGAGGAAAUGGACACAGGAUCUGAGGAAAGCAAGAGUUCUCGUCGCUGAAGAAGAUGGCUUGGGAUUACUGGGAUGA